ACAGUCAAAACACUAUUCCGUAUAAAAUGAUUUUUAAUUAAUUUAACUUGUUUAAAUCAAGUCCGUCCGAGUUGAAAAUGAGACACACCUGGUUGAUUUGUUUGUGUUUAUUUAUUUCAGUGUUGUGUGUCUAUGGUGCGGAAUACCCGCAAGUAAAAAUCAGUGAUGGUGUUUUAAACGGUGCUUAUUUGACAACGAGGAAUAACAGGAAAUUUAGUGGAUUUAAUGGAAUUCCGUUUGCGAAACCUCCUGUAGGAGAAUUGAGAUUUCAGGCUCCUUUACCCAAUGAUCCUUGGAGUGGUGAAAAAAAUUCAACAGGUGUUCACGCAGAAUGUCCUCAACGGGAUGUUUAUAGGCGAUCUAAUAUCAUUUCAGGGGAUGAAGACUGUUUAUAUUUAAAUGUUUACACACCAAAGUUGUCAAAUUUUGAAAAUGAUCCUCUUCCUGUUAUGGUCUGGUUCCAUGGCGGAGGACUCCUAUGUGGCGGUGGUAAUUCAUACUGGUACGGUCCUGACAUCCUGUUAGAUAGAGAUGUGGUACUUGUAACUACAAACUACAGGUUAGGUCCUUUGGGUUUCUUAGCAACCGGUGAUGAUAUUGUACCCGGAAACAAUGGAUUGAAGGACCAAAAUAUGGCUCUGAAAUGGGUUAAAAAGAACAUUAAAAAAUUUGGAGGUGACGUCAAUAAAAUUACCCUAUUCGGAGAAUCUGCUGGAGGAGUCAGUUCGAAUUAUCACAUGAUCUCACCGCUAAGCAAAGGAUUAUUUAAUAACGCAAUUCUUCAAAGUGGAACAACUCUAUGCGGAUGGUCACUCGGGGAAAACGAUGAGACAAUAAAAAAUUCUCAUAAAUUAGCUCGCGCUCUCAAUUGUCCAACAGAAUCGAGCGAAGAUAUGGUAAAAUGUUUGAGAAAAGUUGAUGCAAGGACUUUUGUCGAACUUGAUGAAAUUUUCAAGUUUUGGGAUUACGAUCCAAUGAUUCCUUUUAAACCCGUUGUAGAACCAAAAUCAGCUAAAGAUCCAUUCCUUCCGGAUCAUCCAUUAAAUAUUAUCAAAUCUGGAAAAAGUAUGGACGUUCCGAUUAUUAUAGGUGUUACUAGUGAAGAUGGAGGUCUCAAAGCAGCAGGUUAUAAAAAUGAAAAUCUCUUGGUCGAAUUUGCGGAAAGAUUCGAUGAAAUCGUUCCAGUAUCUCUAUUUUAUGAUCGAACUGAAACUGAAGCGGAUGCAGAUAAAAUUACCAAAAAAAUUAAGAAAUUUUAUUUUGGUGACAAGAAAAUUCAAGAUUCGAUUAAAGAUGUGGUUGAUUUAUAUACCGAUGGUUGGUUCUUCAAAUGUUCUGAUGAUGUAGCGCGACUCUAUGCUAAACACUAUAAACAACCGGUUUACUUUUAUCUUUUUGGUUACCAAGGUAGCUCGAGUUUUUCGAAAGUAUUUGGAGGAGGCAACGAACAUUACGGAACUGUUCACGCUGACGACUUGCAAUACCUAUAUCCUGUAGGUGAUGGUUUAUUCCCAGAUGUACCACCUACAGAAGAUGAUAAAAGAAUGGCUGAAAUCUUUACAACACUUUGGACUAAUUUUGCUAAAACUGGAAAUCCGACUCCACAGGCAACGAAGCUUAUUCCAAAUAAAUGGGAACCUUAUACUUUAAAAAACGAAGAAUAUUAUCAAAUUGAUAAUGCAGUUUUAGAAACACGCAAGCAUGUAUUAAAAGAAAGAGCCGAAUUUUGGAGAAGCAUAAAUGAUCCACUCAAAGAAGAUAAGAAAGGAACAAAAGAGGAAUUAUAAUUGUUUCUAAUAAAAUAUUUCUGUUGUUUUCUAUUUCAGAUAUACUAUUUGUUAAAAUUAAAAACAUUUUAUGACCAAACAUUAUUUAUUUCCAGUGCAGUGUGAAUAUUUA